AUGGCUGGUGUCGAGAAGCCGCCGCUGCCGAUGCGGCUCGACAACAGCACGAGCCCGAAAGCCAACUUGACCUGCAACGAAUACGACGCCUUCUCCUGUUUCCUCCUCGACGAAACACUCUGCUACUAUCCGCUGGUCUUGCUGUUGGUGUUCAUCGUCUCGGCCGCUACCUACAGCAUCGUGACGGCGCCCAAAGAAGAAGAUGAGGCCAGCGCAGACGCUCAGGGCCCGGGCGGCAAACGGCUGCCCGUUUCGAAGAAGAAGAAGCGCCGUGGCGAGAACGACCCCGAACGCAAAAGAUUCGGUGCCAUUCUGUCCCCGACCUCCAGGACAUGGCUCACGUGGAUCUCCGCCGCCGUGUUCCUCACGUUCGUCUCCAAUGCCAUUGCUCACUUCAGCUAUGUAAUGAAGGAGCUGGAAGGAGCCGUUCAGGGUGCUAAGGAUUCGCGCUCUAUGAUCGUCUACCUCAUUGCAUCGCCAAACUUGUAUCUCUACCUCCUCACCACGCUCAUCGAAUGGCACGAAGCCCCGACAAUAGCUCACUUCGUCACCUGGUCUCUUGCUCUCAUUGGCGAGCUGAUCAUCUGCAUCUGCACCAUUCUCGAGGUCACGAACCCUAAAGCCCCCAAGACGUCUCGGGUCGAGUCACCACAGCCGCACAUUUCCAAGUGGGCCGUGGCAGAUAUCAUCCUCGGCGCCGUUCGCAUCGUUUUGAUGAUGCUCCUCGUUGGCAUUUAUGUCGCGGCUUGGUUCCGAAAACCCCAGCAAAUGGAAGACAAGUUCGAGGAACAGCACUCAUCGCAACGUGCGGAGGAGACGACGCCUUUGCUUAAUGGCCACCGGAUGUCGUACAGCAGUCAGAACGGGCGAUCGGUUCGAACCUCGCGAAACGGGAGCACUGUCGGCAACACUAAUGGCGCAGCCGAGGGUACCGCCGUAGCUAAGGACUGCAAAGAACCCGGCUUCUAUCGACCCGACAAAGCACCCCACAAGAGCUGGUGGGAGUAUGUCCGGAGCUACCAGGUCUUUUUCGAGUACCAAUGGCCCAAGGGAUCGCCGCACCUGCAGUUACUCUUCGCCAUCUGCGUGGUCCUCUUACUCACGCAACGUGCCGUCAACGUCCUCGUCCCACUGGUUGUUGGUUGGCUGACUAGGGAGUUGACUCUCCAACAAGCCCCCUGGGCUGCUCUUGCCCUCCUCAUCUUUCUUCGGCUACUGCAGGGGACGGGCAUGCUUCUUGAUGCGUUCCGUGCCAUCCUAUGGGUGCCAAUUUCACAAAACUCUUAUAGAGCUCUAACGUCAGCAGCCUUUGAGCACGUCCACUCCCUCAGCCUGGAUUUCCAUCUGGGGAAGCGAACCGGAGAAGUCCUCUCUGCCUUGAAUAAAGGCGCAUCGAUCAAUUCCUUCCUCGAGCAGGCGACGUUCUCGGUCUUACCCAUGAUUAUCGAUCUUGUCUUCGCCGUUUGCUUCUUUUGCUACUUUUUCGACGCAACCUACGGAGCCAUCGUCAGUUGUUUGACAUUCUGGUAUUUGUUCCUGACCAUUCGCAUGGCACAAACCAGGGCAGAUCAGCGACGAACUAUGAGCAACGCCGACAGAGAGGAAGAAGCAGUGAAGAACGACUCGAUCACUAGCUACGAGACGGUCAAGUACUUCAACGCCGAGGAAUGGGAGUUUAAGCGCUAUCGGAACGCGAUUCAAGCCUACCAGGACGCCGAAAAGCAGGUCACUUGGGGGGCGAACCGGAUGAACGUUAUCCAGGCCUUCGUCUUCAUGGUCGGAUUCAGCGUGGUUAUGAUUUUUGGGGCCUACCAGGUGACACGUGGCGACAUGGAUGUCGGCCGUUUCCUGACCCUCAUGACGCUUCUCAACCAGUUGCAGACGCCUCUUAACAUCUUCGGGUCCUUCUACCGGACCAUCCAACAGGCAAUGAUCUCGGGCGAACGCCUUUUGGAGCUGUUCAAGGUUAGACCCACCGUGGUUGACGCGUCGGGAGCCAGACCCUUGUCGGAAUGCCAUGGCAACAUCCGAUGGAACAAGGUUGCGUUCAACUACGACCCGAAGAAUAAGGCACUCAAGGAUCUCGACUUUGAAUGCAAGCCCGGUACCACAACGGCGUUUGUGGGCGAAUCCGGCGGUGGCAAGUCGACUGUUUUCCGCCUGAUGUUUCGAUACUACAAUACCUCCUCCGGCAGCAUCGAGAUCGACGGCCAAGACGUCAAGGACCUUACUAUCGAUUCGGUCCGGCGUUUUAUUGGAGUUGUUCCGCAGGACACCACUAUGUUCAACGAUACCCUGAUGUAUAAUCUCAGAUACGCCAACCAAGCCGCUACCGACGAAGAAGUCUUUGAAGCCUGCCGGGCCGCCAGCAUUCACGAUCGAAUCAUGUCCUUCCCGGAUCAGUACAACACGAAGGUCGGCGAGCGUGGUCUCAAGCUCAGCGGUGGAGAGCGACAACGGGUCGCGAUUGCGCGGACGAUUCUCAAGAACCCUAAGAUCAUCAUGCUUGACGAAGCCACAUCGGCUCUCGAUGCGCAUACUGAGCAGCAGAUCCAGGACAGACUGGGGCAUCUCGGCCAGGGCCGGACAUUGCUCAUCAUUGCGCACCGACUUUCCACCAUCACGCAUGCUGACCAGAUCAUCGUCCUUAACAAUGGCACCAUCGCUGAGAAGGGCACUCAUGACCAACUGGUUGCUGCUAACGGACGGUACGCCUCAAUGUGGGAGAGACAAGUGCAGGCAGAACGCGCCGCCGAGAAGGCCCGUGCUGCUAGUAGGAAGGCACAGAAACUCCUUAGAAAGGCGAACAUUGUCUCCAAGAAGCAGACGGACGGGCACUCGGACGGCUACACUAGCCUUGAUUCGUCCACGAUCCUGCCCGGCAGCUCAGGGAACAACUCAAAGGCCAACACCACCGGAGAGGAUUCAUCCAGCUCCUCCAGCAGCUCUGAUGCAGAGUCCAUCCACAGUGUCCACAACGAUUCGGACCAUUCCGACUGCUCUGGUCGCUCUGGUCGCUCUGGUCGACAUUAG